ACAGCCCCAGCUAGAAUGGAGGAUUUGAGUCUGAAAUACACAGUGACCCGAGCUGAGGUAGGUGAAGUGGAAGGUAUUCCCUUCACAAAAACAAUAUGCAGCAUGUGGGACCCAGUGCGGAAGUUCAAAGCCAGACCUGACGAUCUGCUCAUCGCAGCCUAUGCAAAAGCAGGUACCACAUGGACACAGGAGAUAGUGGAUAUGAUUCAACAAAAUGGAGAUGUUGAGAAGUGUAGACGUGCCACUACUUACAAACGCCAUCCUUUCCUUGAGUGGUCUAUGGAAGCAUCUCCAACUCUGAGUUACUCAGGCCUGGAGUUAGCUGAAGCUAUGCCUUUUCCACGAACAAUAAAAACUCAUCUCCCUGUGCAGCUGUUGCCUCCCUCCUUCUGGGAACAAAACUGUAAGAUAAUCUAUGUGGCAAGAAAUGCAAAAGACAAUCUGGUGUCAUACUAUCAUUUCCACAGAAUGAAUAAAGCAAUGCCUGACCCAGGAACCUGGGAGGAGUUCAUGGAGAAAUUCAUGACCGGAAAAGUGCUCUGGGGUUCCUGGUACGACCAUGUAAAAGGAUGGUGGAAGGCAAAAGAUAAUCACCGUAUUCUCUACCUCUUCUAUGAAGACAUGAAGGAGAAUCCAAAGCAAGAAAUUCAGAAGAUUCUGAAGUUCCUGGAGAAGGACGUGAAUCAGGAGGUUCUAAAUAAGAUACUCGAUAACACCUCGUUUGAGAUAAUGAAGGAAAAUCCUAUGACAAACUACACUAAGGAUUUUGUGGAAGUAAUGGAUCACUCUGUUUCCCCCUUCAUGAGAAAAGGGGUUGUCGGGGACUGGAAGAACUAUUUCACAGUGGCACAGAAUGAGAAAUUUGAUGAAGAUUAUAAGAAGAAAAUGGCUGAUACCACUCUUGUUUUUCGCAUGGAAUUGUGAUUACUAGCAAUGG